UUUCGGACUCCAAAACCCACUUAAUUACCAUUUGAUGCCACUCUCUCCCUCCUCUACUAUUUUCUUUCAACUGGAAAAUUGAAGGAAAAAAAUAAAUUUUUUUUUUUGUUUUUUUUUCCCGAUCUUCGUCAAUCGAGCUUUCUCUAUCUACGAUUCCUACUCCCUCAUUAGGUUUUCCAUAUUACUCCUGUCGAAAAUGGCGGUUCUUUCAAGCUCAGUCUCUCUCGUUCUCUAGCUUUUAGAGGCUACAAAAGCUUCUUCUGCCAACAAUGGCGGUUACUUCGACCUUGAUAAUGCUCUGAGCUUUCCAGCUCUCUGCAACUUUUUCGCACUCCAACACAGUUUUUAGAAAAAAAACGAAUUCAAAUGCCAAAUUUCUAGUGUUCCAAUUUGCGCUUCGAGUCUCGCGCCUAUCUGAUAUAUGUCUUCAGAUCUAAAAGUUUGCUCAUUUUUGGUUUUUCGAAGAGAGCGCGUUUGGUGUAAAUAUUGUUACGGUGGUUGGAGACGUGAAAGGGAAGCUUAAGUCAGGUUUUUGUUAGGUUGUAGUUUAUUAUUAUUAUUAUUAUUAUUGUUUUUCAAUUUCCAUUUUUGUUUUUGAUCUGCGACUAUUGGACCUAUAUUUUUGGGGGAGUUGGAGGAUUUUGGGGUUUUCGGCGAUGAAUCGUAGUUUUAGGGCUCAGGAGUCGCAAAUGCAAGCGGCCUUGAAGCAGAGGCAGCAAUUGAGAGCCUCGAUGAUGAAAGAGAAGGAAGAAGAACUUGCAUUGUUUCUGGAGAUGAAGAAGCGCGAGAAGGAACGGAAUGAUCUUCUUCUUAACAGCUCGGAAGAGUUUGACGCACCAUUAGGAUCGAAACCAGGCACAUCUCCCAUUUUUAAUAUUUCGUCAUCAACUCCUGCACCUCCCCGGAAGACCGGCGCGGAUGAUUUUCUCAAUUCCGAUAAUGAUAAGAACGACUAUGACUGGCUCCUAACACCUCCCGGAACUCCUCUUUUUCCUUCUUUGGAGAUGGAAUCUCAAAAGACUGUGAUGAGUCAGCUUGGCACCCCAAAGGCUCGCCCCACUGCUCUGAAAUCUAGAUUAGCAAACCACCUGCCAGAGCCUGUUGGUAGAAGCAACUUAGCAUCCAAACAACCCGCUUUGUCUCCUGGUUUAAAUUCUUCAAGUGCUGGGAUUCGAAGGCCAUCAUCAGCAGGGGGGCCAGGAUCAAGACCUGCAACACCAACUGGACGUCCCACAUUAACUGCGGCACCCAAGUCUUCAAGACCCUCAACACCUACUUCUAGAGCAACCUUGCCAUCAAAUAGGACUACAGUUUCUGCAGCUAAGCCCACUGUUUCUGCAGCUAAGUCUUCAAUUUCUACGGUGACAAGGCCCACAGUUCCUGCAACUAAGACCACGGUUUCCUCAAGAUCCACUACACCAUUAUCAAGGUCUACAGUGAGAUCUUCAACACCAACUUCCAGAACUACUGUUCCUCCACCCAAGUCCACAUCAAGGGCAUCAACACCAACUCGUCGGCCAACCACUCCCUCGUCUGUGCCCAAUAUAUCUGCUCCGCCAUCUAAGUCUUCUUCUUUAACAUCCAACAAGCCAGCCACCCCAACAUCAAGGAAUCCAGUGCCAUCACGUGGUUCAUCACCAACAGUGAAAUCUAGACCAUGGAAGCCCUCAGAUAUGCCUGGUUUCUCACUUGAUGCUCCACCAAAUUUGAGGACAACAGUUCCCGAAAGGCCACUUUCAGCCACUAGGGGUAGGCCUGGAGCACCCAGUUCUCGAUCUUCUUCUGUCGAGCCUGUUCCAAAUGGAAGACCAAGAAGGCAGUCAUGUUCUCCUUCAAGAGGACGAGCUCCCAGUGGUGGAAUUCAUGCCAGUGGAAGCUCUGUUCCUGCAAUGAGUCGUGCACAUCAUAAAAUUAAUGACAAUGUCAGCCCAGUUUUAAUUGGAACGAAAAUGGUGGAAAGGGUUAUAAAUAUGCGGAAACUGGUCCCGCCAAAGCAAGAUGAUAAACAUUCUCCUCAUAGUAACCUCUCUGUGAAAUCUUCUUCAUCCCCAGACAGCUCAGGCUUUGGUAGAACACUCUCGAAGAAGUCAUUGGAUAUGGCUAUACGGCAUAUGGAUAUAAGGAGAAGCAUUCCAGGUAAUCUACGGCCAUUGAUGACAAAUAUUCCUGCAUCAUCUAUGUACAGUGUGAGAUCAGGGCCUACAAGGAGCAGAACGAUUAGUGUUUCAGAUUCGCCUCUUGCAACAAGCAGCAAUGCUAGUUCUGAAGUUAGUGUGAAUAAUAAUGGCCUUUGUUUAGAAGGUAGUGAACAAGAAGAUGAUAUUGUCAGUGAGCGGGGAGGGCGAUCUCCUUCUAGCAUGCGUGGUAGGUGAUUGGUUCUGGGACCUACUAUUGCGUAUAAAUUAAAUUCGAUAUUAUAAUAUUUAAUUGCUACAAUCUUAAUUGUCAAAAGAAACCAGUUUCUUGGAAGAACUAACCAGAGUUGUGCUUCUAUAUGUAAAGUAUGUUGGAGAGGUUGGCGGUUUAAUUUGAUGCAAUUCAUGGUCUUUGUAAUAUUAGGUCAAUUAGUUAUGUGGGAAACAAUCUUUGAUGUUCAUGUUCUACAUGGUUUGUUGUCAUGUACUUGUUUUGGGUAGUUAGAUUCCCUGUUUUUGAUAACCUAAAGGAGAAAUGCUGCCCUUUGGCUAGUACCUUUAUUAAAAUUCACCAUUGGAGCGAAAAUGCUAUAUUGCUACUGCA